CAAAUUUAUCAACGCCAUAAAAGUAUUGCUUCCCUCAUCAACAAAUUCUCCUUUCCCAAAGUUUCCUCCAUUUGAUUGAAGAAAAAGUCAUUGAAUUAGAUCACCAUUUUACUUGUAUAACGAACAUGGAUGCUUCAAGUAGUAUUACCAAUCAAAAUGAAGUUGAAGGAACGGGAGAAAACGUGCUUGCUAAACAUGCUGCUUUCUUUGAUAGGAAUCAUGAUGGUGUUAUUUAUCCAUGGGAGACCUUCAAAGGAAUGCGUGCCAUUGGAUGUGGGCUAUUUAUAUCCAUCGCCACCACCUUUGUCACCUUGACCAUCAGUCCAAAAACUCGCCCGGGGAAAUUUCCUUCUUUGUUUUUUCCAAUAGAAAUAAAGAACAUAGCCAAAGGCAAACAUGGGAGUGAUACUGGUACCUAUGACACACAAGGUAGAUUUGUAGAAUCAAAGUUUGAAGACAUCUUUAGGAAGCAUGCUCGCUCAAAUCCAAAUGCUCUCAACUCUGAAGAACUUAGUGAAAUGCUCAAGGCAAACAGAGAACCUAAGGACUUAACAGGAAGGAUUGGGGCCUUUGUAGAAUGGAAGGUACUGUUUUCUCUAUGCAAGGACAAGGAUGGCUUGUUACAAAAAGAUGUGGUUAGAGGAGUAUAUGAUGGAAGCUUAUUUGAGAAGUUAGAAAUGGAGAGGAAAUCUGCUAAAUAAGAUUCAUAAACAAAGCUAGCUAGCUUAUUUGGACUAUAUGUCAUAUACAUAGUGUGAUUAAACAUAUAUUGUGAAUCAUUUUUAAAUUUAUAUACAUCAUCAUUGUUUACUUCUCUUUUCCAAGUGUUUAUGGAGGGUAUCAAUUUGUUUGCUCUGGUUGAUCUUAAUUGGGUUGCACUAAUUUGAUAUUGUUUUGUGUAUUAAACAUAUGGGUUUGAAUUUAAUAUACAAUGAACAUAGCUUAGCAUGUAAUUAUUGUGUAAUGUUUAUUUUUAAUUUGUACAUAUAUUAUGUAUGUAAUGUAAGAAUUUUACUUUGUAUGUAACAUUACAUGGAUGUACUAUGUAAUUUUUUUUAUUUUUUUUUUAAUAUUGUAUAAACGGAAGUUUAUCCUGUUACACUAGUCUUAAUUAGUACUUCGUAUCUUGAUUAGUGUUUCAUUGAGCUUAUUGUUUCCUUGAGAUAGGGGCCUAUUGUUUUAAUUAAUUAUUUAUUUCCAUAAUAUUACAUAUUUUCCUCUUUUAUUUUACUCAAGUAAAAAUAAAAUGACUUCUAACUCUAUUUCGGCUUUUCUUGUUCAAUUCAUCAACUUUAAUUUCGCAUUUUGGAUCCUAAUUUUGUAUUCAACAUUUAAUACUACCUCUGUUUUUUUUUUUUUUUAUGUACAACU